CUCACGUAUUAUAUUAUAAUAUGAGCUAUCUACCUAAGUACCUAUAUCAGGCAUCCAUGCAUCUGGGGGCUUAGAGGUCGAGAUGGCGCCCGAGCAGGCAUGCCCGCUAGAGGUACCUAAAUACGAAGAUAAGGCUGAAGCCUAUAUAAGCCAUAAUCACAGUAGUCUAAUUUUCCUUACCUUAGGUAAAGUAAGUUAGGUACCUCCUUUCCAAAAUCAUCAUAAUGGAAAUCCCCACCUACCGCCGCGCCCCCAACUUCUCCAUCCCCAUCCCCCCCUCCGGGCCCCUGCACCUCGGCACCCUCGUCGAAGACCUGCAGCACCUCGCCCCCCUCAACGAGGCCGUCCGCGUUCCCGUGCCCCCCGACCGCGUGUACCGGCGCCGCGACGCCGGGUUCACCGUUGCGCGGGGCAAGACGCAGGAGCACGAGCUCGGCCUCGCGGCUCGGAUCCUGGGUUUGGAUUUGCUCGGGGCGGAAGCGGGGGGUGCAAGGAGGAAGAGCAGGGACGAGACGGUGUACGCGCGCGAGCUCGAGACCGUGUACUUCUGCCCGUCGAGCGAGUACGUCGCGGCCACGAUGGCCCUGCCCAGCGUCGACGCGUACAUGCGCGUUACCCGCAGGAAGUUCCCCGUCUACCUGAUCACGGGGCUGAAGAUCGCGCGGGGCGCCUCGUGGUCGCGCGGCGGGAGCACUGGGUUCGGGGUUCGGGCGGAGGUUACGGUGCCCGAGCCCCUGUCGGGAGUUGUGGGGGUUGGGCCUAGGGUCGCGGUGGAUACGGCGCGUACGGCUGCGACGGCGGUCGAGGAGGCGGAUCCGUUCGUGCUUGGGUAUCGCGCGAUGAAGAUUUGGUAUAGGAGGAGUGGUAGGAGCGGUUGGCAAAAAGGGGGGGACGAGGUUAGGAUGAAGGCGUAUGUGAAUGGUGCGACGAUGGCGGAUGAUGGUGGUGGUGUGCGAAUGGGACAGGGGGAAGAGGAUGAAGAGCUGGAGUUUAUACCGGAUGUUGGGGUUGAUGGCGAGACGGAUGUCGAGAUAGCUGUAGUCGAAGACGAUUCUAUUGGUGGUAUUGAGCCCUCUAUGUGGAUUCUGUCUCGCUGAGCCUGAGGUGCUUCACUGGAUUUAUGGACAUACACUUAGUUUAGUUCAUGGCCUGGUUUUAUUUUAUGGUAUUGGGAAACAGAAAUUAUGUCAUUGUCAGGGGGUCACGUAGUUGUCUGGAGGAGCGUAUUCAAACACGCUUAACUUGGAUAUAAACGGCGAUAUCUUUUUCAUCUCGUCUUCAUCGUCGCCUUUCUCCUCCCAUAUCUACCUCCUUUAUCUGGAGAUUGACUUC